AUGCCUCUUAAUCAUAAAUACAGUCCAAAGUUUUCAUUGACUUAUGGCAGAAAACACUCAACUCUCGGUGAAACGCAAACUAGAAAUAAUGGAAUCACGUGCUCCCCUUGUCUAGAGACUCUGGAAUUAAUGGUUGAUGACAUGAUGGAGAAAAUGUGCCAAAUCAAUUCUAAUCACACAGGACCUCUUCCAUUUCAGGUUCACAAAGUUAAAAUUGAUUUUCUGCAUUUUGACAGCUGGGAGUAA